UGUAUAGAAAUUUAAUGGGUCAGCAACAAGGAACUUAAAAAAUGAAGAACAUGGGGAUGUUGCAGGUAGCUACUUCUUCCUUCUUAUAAAAUAUUGCUUCAGCUUGAUUAGCUUAGUUGUCUAUCUAUAUAAAAGGUUGUGAGACCCUUUUCCUAAUUCAUAACUCUUCUCCCACCAAGUCUAGUCCCAAUUUGCUUGCCUCCUCCUCAACUCUUCUCCCUCUUAAGUCCUAGUCCCAGUUAGCAUUAGCAAAUUGUUGUGCCUAAAGAAAGACAUGGAUGUGGCAAGUGGUAUCUUACUUCUGCUCUUGGUCGCUCCGGCGGUUUAUGCCACUACUUAUACAGUCGGCGACUCUAAUGGCUGGGCACAAGGUGUGAACUACGACAAUUGGGUUUCUGGAAAGACUUUCUAUGUUGGUGACAAGCUAUUGUUCAAUUAUGCGCCGAGUCUACAUUCCGUGGACGUAGUGAGCAGCAGUGACUACUCAAGUUGUACAUCAAGCAAUGCUCUUAAAUCCUACACCACUGGAACAGACACAGUCACCCUUUCCAAAACAGGCACAAUAUACUUCAUAUGCCCAACUCCAAAUCACUGCAGUGGAGGGAUGAAACUAGCAGUCCCUGUCUCAGCCGCAAGCACUACACCAGCAACUCCCACCACUCCAUCAGCUACACCUCCUAGCAGCAAUGGGACUACUCCAUCCACAUCCACACCCUCCACCACCAACACCACCACCACCUCCUCCCCAAGCGGAGCGGCGAGGAAUUUGUGUAACAACAUCAAUGCUCUGGUUAUUGGGCUUGGGGUUUCCAUUGUCUAUUAUGUACUUAUGGUCUAGGCAAGAGGCAGUGCAGCUCUUUAUUCCUCUUUGUUCCUUCUUUUCAUGUGUGUUUUGACUCUUUCUCAAUGCUUGUAUUCUUAUCAUUUAGAAUGAUAGAUGAGAUGAGAUUAUAAACA